AUGAAGGAACAAUCGAAAAAUCAACGAUGUACUGAAAAGCGGAUUGGAAUCGAAAUUGACCAAUUAUCAAAUUCUCCAGACACCAGACCCCUGAAAAGAAGUCGACUAGAACCAACCGGUGACAGCCAUUUACUGUCUUCAACAAUUACUAAUGAUCCCUCAACGCGUGGGCCACCUAUAAUUAGCAAUUUACCACUGCUACAUUACAAUAACUACAAUCCAAUCUUCAAUAAAGUUUAUUCGAUCGGUUCCGUGACACCACAAUUUGCACCAACUUCACGGACUACUUCAGUUUUGCCUACUGCACAAAUUCCUGCUCCAGUUAGUAGUUCCUCCCAACAGAAAGAAAUUGUCGACUUAACAAGCGAUAACAGUGAUGACGAUUGUGUAAUUGACGAAGAAGAGACAAAUAGAAAUUUGUGCUGGGGAAUGAUCAAAUCUCUAGUAUUGGUUUUAUAUCCAAGACCUUCAUGUAAUGGUCAAGAUGAAGAAGUAGUAGAAUUGAAGAGAGAAGCUCCAUUAAUGGACGAAAACCUAGUGUGGACAGAAGCUUCUAUCCCAAAAAAUUUGUCAUCAUCAGUAAAUUUCUCAUUUCUUAAUCCUAUUAUUUACAAUGUCGCGACGCGUUACUCGAAUCCACACAAUUUGCUACAUGGUAGCAUUUCUCAAUUGAGUAAAAACGUCAAUAACUCUUAUAGAAGUUACCAAGAAACUUAUAGAAAUACAACCACAAGGUCUCCUGAAGAAAUGAAAAAUCAAAUUGAUAAAGUAUUUAAUUCCUUAAUGAAUGCUGAAAGUAUUCCGGAAGCGCAACCUGAUCCGCGUCUUGUUACGCCAUUAUACAAACAUCAAAAGCAAGCACUAUAUUUCCUUUUAGAACGUGAAAAAUACAAUGACUUUACUAACGAUGAAACCAACGCAUUGACAUCUCUCUGGCGCACAGGAACAAGUGCUGGACGUCAUACUGUUUACUACAAUGUUAUUACAAAUAAAGAAACAAAAGAAAAACCUCAAAUGAGGGGUGGGAUUGUAGCAGAUGACACAAUACAAAUCAUCGCACUGAUACUUAGCACUCAAAAUGAAGCACUCAGUUUCUGUCAGAAUUUUGAUGAUGCGUAUCCUUCGAAAGUCAUGAUAGAAACUUCGACAUCUGGUUCGCAUUUAAGUGACAGUCUCACAAGAACUUUAAUAGUAUGCCCUCUUUCAACUGUAUCAAAUUGGGAAGAACAACUUUCUAGUCAUGUUCAAGAAG